AAAAAAGUACCAUCGUACCAAAUUUGCCAUCCCUGCCGCAAGUAGACAAACAACACCUUCACAAUAUUAAUACAGUGGAGAUAUAUAAAUUAGAUUCAAUGUCUGAUAUAAUUAAUGAAUUUCACGAUGUAUUUACAGAGAAAGUAGGAUGUGUUAACAACUAUGAAGUUACUUUACAGCUACGCCAGAGUUUCAAACCGGUAUUCUACAAGGAGCGAGAAGUACCAUACGCUCUACGAGAAAUGAAUUAGAAGCUGCCGGGAUUAUAUCAAAAUGUGAAAGAAGUGAUUGGGGAUCACCUCUCGUGAUUAUUCCAAAACCAGAUGGAGGAAUUCGACUAUGCGUCGAUUACAAACCAGGUGUUAAUCCACAACUUGUUUCUUCGAAUUAUCCUAUACGUCGUAUUGACGAGAUUUUAAAUAACCGAAAAGGGUCAAAAUAUUUUUGUCGACUAGACCUCUAUAAAGCGUACCUUCACCUACGAGUAAAUCCAGAAUCCACACAAUGUCAACACAUAAGGGGACCUACAGAGUCAACCGCCUUUCUUUUGACAAAACCAUGUCAUAUUUCGAUGACAUUAUAAUACAUGGAUCUACAGAAGCCGAAUGUAAACGAAAUUUAAUAUUGUGCCUUAAGCGACUACAACAACACGACUUACACUUGAAUAGAAGCAAAUGCUCAUUUUUUCAAACUCAAAUCGAAUAUCUUGGACAUAUUGUAAGAUAUAAUGAAAUCUCAAAGUCACCAGGAAAAAUUGAUGCAAUAGUUAAUAUGCCUCGCCCAGCUAAUGUCGAUGAUGUUAGAAGAUUUUUAGGCAUGAUAGCCUAUUAUUCCAGAUAUGUCUUCAAUAACUUAUCCGUUACUUCAGAAAAAUUCAACAUUUUAUUGGUCUUCAAAUUGUGAAGCAGGUGUACUUUCACAUAUAGUAAAUGGUAUAGAACGUCCAGUUGCAUAUACAUCGAGAUCAUUGUCCACAGCUGAACGAAACUGUAGCCAUAUAGAUUGUGAAGCACUUUCAAUUGUAUUUACAUUGAAUCACUUUUUUAAUUACCUCUCUCGUGCUACGCAGCCUCAAGAAAAGUUAUCUACAGAUAAGCUCAUUAACGAAGAAGUUAAUGAGUUGUGUUUUGAAUCAUUUUUCAAUAUUUCUAAUGAACACGUGAAUGCCGAAAUAUUAGCACGGAAAAAGCAAAAGAUCCAGAACUUUCAAAAAUUUUGUCAGAUCUGCUAAGUGGUGAUGACGACGAAGGAAAAUAUACCCUCGAUAAUGGAGUGAUCUUUAAAAGUCAAAGAGUGCUUAUACCGAAAAGUCUUCAAUCUAUAAUUCUCCAAGAAUUACAUCGCACACAUCCGGGGAUUACAAAAAUGAAACAACUUGCAAGAAUAUACUGUUUUUCGAAAGGAAUUGACCGUGAUAUAGAGAGAAUGUUAAGAUCAUGUGAAUCUUAUGUGGAAGUUCAAAAUCGACCAUCAAAAGCCCCACUAAACCAAUGGGAAGAACCAGAGGAAAACUGGGAGAGAAUCCACAUAGAUUACGCAGGUCCAUUUCAGAAUCAGAAAUUUCUAAUUGUUGUAGACGCAAAAUCAAAAUGGACCGAAUUUAGAGUCAUACGUGAUGCACCUACAACGCAAAACACUAUAAGUUUGUUAUCUGAAAUCCAAGUACAAAUGGAUUAGCAGAGCGAAAUGUUCAAACACUGAAGCAUAAAUUGAAAGCAAUGUCAUCCGAUCCGGCUUCAAUACAGAAAAAGGUUAACGAAAUUCUUCAAAGAUAUCGAGCUACACCUCUGAACUGUGGAAAGAGUCCAGCUGAACUCUAUUUUAAAAGACGUAUUCGAAUUAAAUUGGAUGCUUUAAAACCUACAAAGAAAAUAGGCGUGGCAGAAAUAGUUCAAGUUUUACACAUUAGAAAAAACAAAACUGUAUGGAAAAUGGCAACGUAAUCAGGAAGUUUGGAAACCUACAUUAUUUAGUGAAAUUGGAUGACGGCUAUAUGCUUAAACGCCAUAUAGACCAACUGAAAAUUACAAAUGUUCAGAAACGGGAAGUACACUUUGCCCCAAGCAUUCAUGGAAACAAUACUGAUUCUACUAACCGUCAAAAUCAACAGGCUCAUGAUUAUAACCAGUAUAUAUUGGAAGCUCUAAAUCUUCAAAAUCAGUCAAAUCCAGAAUCCCAAGAAAUUCAAGAAACUACUAAUCAUGCUGCACCUCAAGAUCCUACAAUGGUACAAGGAGCGCAGAAUUCUCAAGAGCAAACUAUUCGUAGAUCUGCAAGAUUACGCAAUAGACCAACAUAUCUUCAAGAUUACGUUCCAGAAUAAAUUAUGUACUAUUUUAUUAAUUUA